AUGGAUCGUGGAAAGGCAAUUGUUGAUGGUGUGGUGUCAGUUGAGGGUACUAGUGGGUUACUUCCUCACGAGAAGUUGAAGGUUGAAUUAGAGCUCUAUGAUUCGGAAGGUAGUUUGGAACCAUCGACUCCACUCAGCCUCUCUGAACGGGAUGAAGAAGACGAGGAUGUGGAAUCUGAGGUGGAACCCGAAGAAGACGCAGACGAGGAACCCGAAGAAGACCCCGAGGAGGAACCCAAGGGAAAUCACGUGGAGUACCAUGUAGAACAAAGAUAUCAAACGUUCCAUAUGCCCUAUGUGGAGUACACGCCAACUAGUCCUGGUACCUAUUGGGAGCGACUUUAUAAAGAUGAAAUGCCAAAGGCACAGCUCGAGAUUCACAUUUUAAAAAGAAAGAUUGAAGAGAUAGAUGAGCAUAGGUCAAGGCUCGUACAGGAGAACCAAAUACGUAUUGAGGCUGCUGAGAAAAUUAAUAUCUCUUCACGAAGAUCUAGAAGGUUCAUUAGGGUCACCCCGGAGGAAGAACGCAUCCCAAUUGGAGCUUAUGUUAGAGCACUAGGAGAUGUACUAGAAACCCCACUGAUCACAAAUGCUAGUUGUGGAUGGGGCCAAGGAAGAGGUAGGGGUAGAGGAAGAGGCCGAGGAGCUGUUACAGCACCGAUACCUGUACAAUCGGCCCAUGGCAGCUCUGGAUCCCACUGUGGUCAAGGUCGAGGUCACAAAAGGGGUCAUGCGGAAAACACGAUCACUAGGGAUGAGUUAGCUGAUGAGAUUGCUCGGGCAAUUCGAGCCGCUUUGCGUGAUGUAGUUGCUCAGGCAUGA